UAACACUUAACAUACCAGUACCCAGUUGUUAUCGCAUUAUUCAAGCCUGUUAAACCGCUUAAGCGAAAUCAUGGCUCCGAAAAUAGAAAAAGUGGUUGAUGUACCCCUCGACCUGGGAGAAUCUCCACAUUGGGAUGCUAAAACUCAAUCCGUUUAUUUCGUUGACAUUAACGGGCACUACAUCAACAGGUUUGUCCCUGCUACGCGAAAAUAUACCAGAGCAUAUAUUGGAUUAAAUGUAUCCUUCAUUAUCCCUGUGGAAGGACAAAAGGAUCAGUUCGUUAUAAGUAGAGGGAAACAAAUUGCUCUUAUCUCUUGGGAUGGGGAAAGUGACUCUGUUUCAAUAUUGAAGACCUUGUAUGAAGUAGAUGAACAGUACCCGGAAAAUGUAUUCAACGAUGGAAAAUGUGAUCCUUCGGGAAGAUUAUGGACAGGUACUAUAGGAGCUCCACCAGUGGACCUCGAUAAAAUUGAGAAUGGAAGAGGAACUUUAUACAGUUUUCAAAACGGCAAGGCCACUGCUCACGUGACUGGUCUUGGCAUAUCAAACGGUCUAGCCUUUAAUGCUGCCUUAAAAAAGUUUUACUACAUUGAUUCCCGGAAGGGUACUUUGGAUGAAUACGAUAUCGACAUCACUAAAGGGACUAUAUCAAAUGGAAAACCGGUAUUCACCCUAAACAAACACGGCCUAGAAGGUUUCUUGGAUGGUAUGACAAUCGACGCUGAUGGUAACUUGUGGGCAGCAGUGCCACCUAGUUACAAAUUGAUAAAAAUCGACCCCCGACGCCCAGAGACCUUGCUGCAGACCAUCGAGUUCCCUGCUCAAGAGGUUACAGCCGCUGUGUUUGGCGGGCCAAAUCUGGAUGAGUUGUAUGUAACUACGGGAAGAAUACCUGUUCCAGGCUUAACUUUUACACCAGAUGACGGUGCUACAUACAGAGUUACAGGGUUAAAUGUUAAAGGAUUGCCCAGCGUUAAUGUAAAAUUAUAAAAGUCUGUACCAGCGAGCCAUCCCAGAUUUUUAGAGCCAAAAUAACACGAUUUAGACUAACAUACAUAUAUAUACAGAACUCAACGCCUCCUGAGUAUAGCUAUAGUACUAAAAAAAUAACACCCUGUAUAUAAUUUUCUUACAUGUGGGUGGGAGUAAUAUUAAAGUCAAAUAAAUAAAGAGGUGUGUCAAUUAAGAAAUCUGUAGCGUAAAUUGUUGUAGCAGGCGGUAACUUUUGUGUAUCUAUAUGUAAGUUGAUCUAAUUCGUCUUAUUCGACCCUAGGAAUCUAGCGUUGCUUGCUGAUGUAUGUAUUUCAGGAACAGACUGCAUUUCAAAAAUUUUUUUUAUAAAACUGCACAAACUGUAACAAAUUA